AAGUUUAUAUUUUUAUAUGGGACACUAAAAGACGCAAAAACAACAUGUGGGAGAAAUUCAUGACUUGUUUUAAAAGUAAUGGCGGAAAGCCGUGUGAAGCGGUAAAAUUGACAGAGCUUUACAAACGAGUGCCGCCCAAUCAACGCCAGGAAUUUCAGAAUUUCCUCCGAAAGCAUGAGGAGUACAAACAGCGCGUUCGGAAGUUUCCGGGUAGCAUGCCACGAAUUGAUUGGAAGUAUUAUGAGCAGAAUGUUAGACCGGAGUUCGUGAGCUGGGUAAAAGAUUUUCAAAAGAAAUACGAUCACUUAGACAGUGUCUUUGCAAAUCGCCAUUCCAUGAUCAAUUACGCGAAUUAUUUCUCGAAUGUGGAUAAGGAGACAGCGGAAUUGAAAAAGCAAAUAGCAAAGUACAAAGAAGAGUCUAAUUGCCGCAUUAAAGUCCUGCAAGAGCGAUUGAACUAUAUUAAAGGUUUAAAACCGUACGAGGAAAUGACAAUGGAGGAAUUUUGCCUAACACGUCCUGAAUCAGCGCCGGAUUUCAUAAAUAAGCCCACCUUUUGGCCACAUUUACCUGAAGAACAGGUGCCUGGGCCCAUGGUUGUGCACAUACCAGAGGAAGUACCUGAGCAGGAUAAGAAGCCUCCCAGCACUGAAGGCACUAAACCACCUGCAGCAGCGCCAAGUGGAACCUCACCUCCAAAAGCACCUCCAGCAGAUAUGGCCAAACCGUCUCCUGGGGAUACAAAGCCGCCAUCUCCUGAUCAAAAGGUACCAGAAUGUUCGUCACCACAAGUUGCACCUCCUUCGAAAGUCUCCACACCGCCGGUUGAAUCUGGCUCUGCUGCAUCGGCAAGCAAGGACUGUAUCAAACUGAUCCCCACGGACAAAAAUCCAUAUGUUAAAUCGGAAACGUGUAAAAGUCUUGAUGGGAAAACAGGAGAUCAAUUGAAAACAAAAGUGGAUGGGCAGUCGAAGGACUUUGAGGCUAUGGCAGCGGACUUAGCGGCAAGGGGUGCUGAACUGGCUAGUCAGUUGAUCACUACGGGCUCAAAUAUUCUGAGGACCAUCUUUCAAAAGGUAGCCGCCAAAAAAAGAGAGAUGGAAGAAGCUUCAAAGGCUGCCAAAAUAAAAGAAGCUGAAAAGAUUGCGGCGAGCAAGAUUCAGCCAAAGCCAUCUCCGGAGGACGCUGUGUAUCAAAACCGAAAAGGAUCCCCGGAUGUUUGCCAGAAAACAAUAAUACAAGGAGAUGAGCGAAUUGAGCCCGAUGUAAAGCCACAUCAUGCCAAUCUUAGCAACAAAUCUGGAGCACCAUGUGAGAAACAUAAGGACGUAUGCCCAGACGAGGUAUGCCCCCAAAAAGACAAUAAGAAACCAAAAGAUUGUCGUGAUAUUGAAUCUGAGGACAGAAAAUGUUUUCAGAAACUCGAAACAUUUUCGCAAGAAAGUACCGAAUGCGAGGAAAAUAUUGCUAAAAGCGAUUGUAGAGAUUUUCAAAAGCUAGAACCUAUUUCUGUUGAGAAUGCCAAGUCAAUUGAAAAAAAAGAUUGUGAGAACGCUAAGCCAAUUGAAAAAAAAGAUUGUGAGAACGCUAAGCCAAUUGAAAAAAAAGAUUGUGAGAACGCUAAGUCAAUGGACAAAAAAGAUUGUAAGAACGUUAGGUUAAUUGAAAAAAAAGAUUGUGAGCCCCAACAGGAAAGUGACACGGAGGGAAAAACUGAUUUAAGGAAGAAAGUCGACGAGGACUGCACAGCACUCCACCAAGAAAAACCAAAUGCCAAAGUUGACGAUAACCCAAAAUCAAAUGCGAAAAUUGAUUUGGAGACCUGCGAGCCCGUUUUCGUCUGCACAAACAUUGAUCCAGACAUCAAAGGUACCGGACCUAAAAGCACGACAAAUAAAAAAUUGGCGGAAGCAAUAGCAAAACCCUCAAGGACUUCGAAGCCAGAGCAUUCCAAUGAUCCCGAAGCUCAAAUGAAAACGUUCGUGAGUUCAAGCGAUAAAAAUGUGAUUACGGGCGAAAUUGUAAUUACAGAAGAUAGUUCAGAGUCCAAAGAGCUACAUCCAUUGGUUCUGGAUAAAAGCAAACCACGCCUUCCUAUUGCAACCACUGACAAUACGCAUAAAAUGAGCAGCGAGAUCGACGAGAGGGCAGAUACUGGCAUGAUGAGGGGAAUUACGCUCAGUGGCAAGCCCAAAUAUGUGGACCCUAAGGAAUUUAAAGAACAACAAGAGCGUUUUAAUUUGAAGAAAACUACACAAAAGGAUUCAAUUCCUCUUACUACAAAUUAUACAAAGCGAGACUUUCAACCAAUAAAGCUUGGUGGAAAGUUGAAACCUGGGCUAGAGUCUGAAGAGGAGGAAUAUAACAGGGAAACUAGCGGAAGCGAAAUAAAAUACCACAAAGGCGGUUCUGAGUCAACCAAGGAUAUCAACGAUGCCAUGACCCUAAAUGAAAGAUCCGAUUUGUCGGGGAGGGGCGAUGGCUGGGAAAUAUUUAAGAAAUUGAGCAAAGAUAAAAUGAAAAAACAGUUCGACUCCAAAGAGCUGGUUGAGCCAAUAAAACAGGCUGUAGAGAAAACAACUGAAGAGCACAAUGUGCGUGAAGAUAAAGGAAAACCAAAGGACGUGGCUGAAAACGUAAAAUCUAAAGAAGCUGUUACACCAGAUGAUAUGGCCAAAAAUGUGUUUACAAUGGCCACGGAUGCAGCCACUCUACUAACCGAGGCGACAAAGGCCCUCGAAAAUGCAAAGAAAGCGGUGAACGACAAUGUCGGGCUGGAGGCGGCAUAUCUAUCAGCCCGGAUCCACGCAGAUCGUGCCUUAGCGGAGGCUCACAAGGCCGUAGCAGCUGCACGGAAGUUGACCAAACGUGCUCAAAACAGCAGCAAAAGUAAAUAUAGCGAGGCCGCCAUGCUGGCCGAAAAGCAUGCCAUGUUGGCCAAAUUGCUGGCCAAACGCGCUCUCCACUUGAAAAGAGAGAUUGCCAAAUUGUUAGGCACCAAAAAGUCCAAGUGAACUGCCCAGUGACAGAUGUCUUAUACAUAUACAUAUAUUCGUAUUUAAAUAUUGUUGCAGCUCCUAUUAAUUUUGUUUCGAUCUUUUCGUUUUGUCAUUAAAUUUUCUGUUUCAUUAAA